AUGUCCAACAACCCAACCGCCUCGGGAGGUACCACCCCCCUCCAAGUAAUCCACAUGGACACCGACACAGCCUCCGACUCAGAGCCACAUUUGCAAGCCCCGCCCGUCCACACCUAUAUCCCGGUGGACACUGACUCUGAAGACGGCGGCAUGCAGCUCGUACCAGCGGAUGGCGAGCUCCUCCAGUUCGCGGAGGACGACAGCGACAUCGAGUUCGAUGCAAGGAUCAUGGGGGUUGCGAUGGAGGAGGAGAGAGAUGAGAAUGAUUUCACCACACACGCCAUCAACCCGCACUCUGGCGCCCCGAACAGGCACAACACACCCUCGCAGCCGGGGAACAGGGACAAUCUCGGUCCGCGCCCGCGCCCGCGCCGUCUCCGGACGCGCGCGAAUCUGACCGAGGAGCAACAUGCUGCGUUGGCCGUCCUGUCGAACUGGGAGCUCCUCGUCACGCACGCGCUCAACUCGCACCGCACAAUCCCCCAAACCCGCCGCCGCUUUCAAGCCAAGCUCCUGGCGCCCAGCAAUCCAACGCUGGAAGACGAGCUCUACGCCUCGCGCUUCGUCGUCCCGGCCUCCAAAUCCGAGCUGCUCCCGCCCGCUGCGCCGGGGCGGAACUACGAGAUCGCCACGGGGGCGGAUAAUACCACGGCGUACCUGAUCCCGGGCUCGUACCGGGAGGUCGUGGAGACGGAUGAGAGCUCGUGGUGGCCGCAGGGGAAGCCGAGGGGGAAGAGGAAGAGUGAUCGGGGUGGGCGGGGGCCGAGGGAUGGGUCGGCGAGUGGGAGUGGGGAGAGUUCGAGGGUGGUGAGUCGGGGGUGGGAGUCGGGCUGCGUCGCGGGGGCCCGGGUAGGAAGUGGUGGAGGCAGGAUUGAUAGUGCAGUUUAA